AUGUCCAGCUCAGAUGAGGAAGGGGAAGGUGCAGGUCUACCUGUACCGGGGCUGGAAGAGAUCAAUGAGUCGGAGGAAGAAGACGAAGGUGAUGGAGAGGACGACGAUUCCGACAUCGACAAUAUUGACGCCGCUCACAUUGCUCGACUCGUCAAUCAGAUCGGCGGUCUUUCCCUUCCCACCUCCCGCGCUCUCUCGCCCUCGCCGUCGCACUCCAGCAGCUCUUCGAGCUCGUAUGCACCAAGUUUGUCUUCGUCUUCGUCGCAGUCCACGGACGGCCUUUCCGAAGAGUUUGGUCGUGUUCUUGAUGACGACGAGCUCCAGAGGAUUCAUGAGCAGCUCUCGUCAAAACCAGUGGUCGAGAAAUUCCCGAACCACCUAGGAAAUCCCGGCGCACCCGUCUCACGCGACCACCGCCAUGCAUACGAAAGGUCGCGAGAUGCCCUCGAAGACGACAACAACGUGUACGCACCACUCUCUUCUCAACUGGAGUGGGACUUUGCACGGUGGGCGAAGCUGCGUGGACCGAGCUCGACGGCCCUCACGGAGCUUCUCAAAAUUGAGGGUUUUCGUGAGCGGCUAGGUAUCUCAUUCAAGACGGCAAAGGAACUGGAUUCCAUCAUCGACAACGAGCUUCCUGGUCGCCCGGCAUUCAAGCAUCACCCAAUCGAGUUCGCAGACCACACGUACUCGACCUUCCUCCGCGACAUCAUUCCUAGCAUCCGUGCGCUCUGGAGUGAUCCCGAGCUCUCGCCGUACCUCAUUUUGGCACCAGAACGCCACUAUGCCGAUGAGAACAAGACCGUGCGACUCUAUUUCGACAUGCAUACUGGUCGAUGGUGGUGGCGCACUCAAAUCGAGCUUGAGCGUGAGCGCCCCGGAGCCACAAUCAUACCCGUUAUCAUCUCUUCCGACAAGACGCAGCUCACGCUCUUUCGCAACAAGAGCGCAUACCCCAUCUACCUCACCAUCGGAAACAUCCCGAAGGAGCUCCGACGCAAGCCAUCUUUUCGCUCGCAGAUCCUCAUGGGCUAUUUACCAACCGAGUCCCUCAAGCAUAUCAAGAACGCUGAUACACGACGCCUCGCCCUCGCGCACCUCUUUCACGCAUGCAUGCGUCGUCUUAUGUCGCCACUUAAGGAGGCUGGCUUACACGGUGUCAACAUGACGAGCGGGGUUGGUGUGACGAGGCGCUGCCACCCGCUUUUCGCGGUCUUCGUUGGUGAUUACCCGGAGCAGUGCCUCGUCACACUCGUCAAGAACGGGGACUGCGUUAUCUGCCCCACAGUUCACGACGAUCUUGGGGAGGUGGGCUACACACGACGCAUGCGCGAUUUCGAAGAUGUGCUCGAUGCUCUCGAUCAUGGGCCACCAGACGGAGAUCCCGACACUUUCAUAGCGACAUGUACCGCAGCAGGUAUCCGUCCUAUCUCACAUCCCUUCUGGUACGAUCUCCCGUACGUCAACGUGUUCGCAGCCAUCACUCCCGAUCUCCUCCACCAACUCUCCCAGGGCGUCAUGAAACACCUCUUAAAGUGGCUGAAGGAGAUCUUCGGUGCCGCUGAGAUAGAUGCUCGGUGCGCGGCUCUACCACCAAACCACAAUUUACGCCACUUCGCCAACGGCAUUACCAGCAUGAAGCGCGUGUCUGGGUCCGAGCACCGAGACAUGUGCCGUAUUCUGCUUGGACUCGUUGUUGACCUUCCCCUACCCCACGGUCUUUCCUCCGCUCGUCUCAUUCGCGCUGUUCGUGCUUUACUCGAUUUCUUCUAUCUAGCCCAAUACCCCGUCCAUUCAUCGUCAGAGGAAGAUCCUGCUAAUGAGCCUCGCCCUCCCUCGUCCCUCGAUCUCCUCGAAGAUGCGCUUACGCGCUUUCACGAUAACCGCGACAUAUUCAUCGAGCUCGGCGUGCGCGACAACUUUAACAUCCCGAAACUCCAUACCCUCCGUCAUUAUGUUCCAUCCAUCAAACUCUUCGGCACUACCGACAACUACAACACCGAAUACACCGAGCGCCUACACAUUGACAUGGCCAAGAACGCCUACCGUUCCACGAACCGCCGUGACGAGUAUCCCCAAAUGACCACAUGGCUCGAACGGAAGGAGAAGAUCGAGCGACACGCUCUCUUCGUCCAAUGGCGGCUCGACGGGUGUCCGCCCCUGACCAAACCAGCGAUCCCACAUCACACCCAUAUCAAAAUGACUCGCAAUCCCACUCUCAAGUCCGUAUCGUUCGACGAUCUUGCCGCAGACUAUGGCGCGCACUCCUUUCGCACCGAGCUCGCCAAGUUCAUCAUUAGGCACCAGAACGAGAUGUAUACGGAGAACCGGAUUGCGCGUGAGGCGGAGGACAUAUUCCUCGGGUUCGACCGGGUCCCCGUCUAUCAUAAGGUAAAAUUUUGGUUGCGAGAUCCUCAUGGGCGUGAACUUGCCCAAGAUACUCUCGAUGUCGCACAUUGUCGACCGCUCCAUACGCCACCGGUUCCUCGAGGCAAGAGCAAGGCCAAAUCCAAGUCUCGGCUACCUAUUCCCUCUCGCUUUGACACGGUACUCGUGGAUGUCGGUGCCAAUGGGCAAUCUGGUGUCAAAGGCUACCGUGUUGCCCAGCUUCGCGCUGUUUUUCGAAUCCCUGACCGCGUCCUUGACGAGCUUUUCCCCGCCACACCACCGCCACGCCACCUUGCUUAUGUGGAGUGGUUCAAACCAUUCACGACUGUUAACGGUAAUCAUCGCAUGUACAAAGUCAGUCGUGCCAUCCAGAAUGGUGUACGCUCAGCGAGCAUCAUUCCCGUUGCCAGCAUCCGACGUAGUGUACACUUGUUUCCUCUGUUCGGCCCUCACGUACCGGAUGGCUGGACAACCAACACAUCGUUGGAACUAGCUACUAGUUUUUACCUCAACCCUACCCUCGAUCGUCUCUCCCAUAUUUCACUCUACUAA